AGAAGUAUAGACACGAGAAGGGAGAAGGUGUCCCCCGUCUUCAGUCUCUUGAGUGACUGACGGACACUACUCUACUCCCUCCGCUCGCCGGAGCUAAUGGCGACGCCGGCGAGCUUCCACCACCCCGCCUCCCCGCAGCCGGCGAUACCCGGCGCGGCGGCGGCGGCGGUGGCCGCGUGCGCCGCCAUGGCCGUCUCCUACGUCGCGGUGCUCUACGCCCCCACGGCCCUCCUCCGCCUCCCGCCCCCGACCUCCCUCCACGUCUUCCUCCACCGCCGCUUCCUCUGCGCCGCCUUCUCCUCCUCGGCCUCCCUCCUCGCCACCGCCUCCCUCCUCCGCGUGUGGAGCAUCGGAGAUUCGUCCGUCGUGCUCGCCGUGUUUGGCAUUCGGAGAGAUCACCUGCUUCAAGCGGUGGCGAUUCCCCUCCUCCUUACAUCGCUAGUGUACGCUGGCUCGUUCGUCGCGAGGCUCUGGCUGCUGGCGAAUUCGUGCGGCGGAGGCUAUGAAGAGCCGGAGAUAGGCUGGGCACAGAGGCUUGCUCACCGGAUCCGUGCCUCCGUAGGAGAUGUGAUGGUUUGGCGCAACUGCGUAGUGGCACCAAUUACAGAGGAAUUGGUUUUCCGGGCGUGCAUGGUACCUCUUCUUCUAUGUGGAGGAUUCAAAAUAUAUAACAUUAUAUUUCUGAGUCCAGUCUUCUUCAGCCUAGCACACUUGAACCAUUUAUUCGAACUACAUCAACAGGGACGCAAUUUUACGAGAUCACUCCUGAUCGUUGGUGUCCAGUUAGGCUACACUGUAAUUUUUGGGUGGUAUGCAGUAUUUUUGUUCACCCGAACAGGGAAUAUCGUCUCUCCUAUUGUUGCCCACAUAUUUUGUAACAUAAUGGGUUUGCCAGUUUUCUCAUCACCACAAAAAAGAGGAGUGGCAUCAGUAGCAUUUCUGGCUGGUUCAUUGUCCUUCUUUUGGCUCCUUUUCCCUGCGACGAGCCCAAAACUAUAUAAUUCUAGGAUAGAUCAGUGCAGUUGUUGGCAUGGAUAUUGCAGAUGGAGCUAAUACAAUUCUAUAUUGGAGGCCUGACAGGCCUCCUGGUGCUGACAUGAAGUAACUAGCAAGGCAAACCCUAAUUGAUGGUAGUGGAGCCUUCCCUCAGUUUUUUGUUUUUCAGGUUUUUAGUUGAUCCUGCUAUUGGCCAUUUGAAAUUUACAGUGUGUAAAAUUUUGAUGUAAGAUACUUUGCCCUUCUCAUGGGGUGCUUGCAAAACUUACAUUUCUUCACAUGUAACAAGCAGAUUAGAAAGCUGUCAGACUUGUUUGGCUAUAUUGUCGGAUUAGUUCCUAUAUUGUCGGCUGCCAAUGUUGGCUAUGUUGUAAAUUCUGUCGAUUUACAUCGAAGUUACACGAGUAGAGCAAAUUAGGUUUCGAGUU